CGCCUCGCCUGCCCGGGGCGCCCCUCGGCUACAAUGUAGCCGUGGAGGAAGCGGCGCGUCCGGGCGGGAGAGCGGGAGACGGCGGCGGGAGGGCGGGCCUGGCCAGGCCGCCUCCGCCCAGCCCCUCAUGGGCCGGCAGCAGGUCGGCCUGCUAUGGAACAUGACGAGAAGCUGGCCCGUUUCCGCCAGGGCCACCUCAACCCCUUCGACAAGGCCCCGCUGCCCAGCCAGCCCGAGCACAAGGCCCACGGCGGAGCCGCCCAGGGGGGGCCGCACAGAGACAUGAACUUGGAGCUGUCCUCAGAGGAGGCUGAGUUCCAGUGCUCAGAGCGGACCAUGGACUUGGGGCUGGCCGAGGAUCACUUCUCCCGCCCAGUGGGGCUCUUCAUGGCCUCAGACAUUGAGCAGCUGCGUCAGGCGAUCGAGGAGUGCAAGCGGCGGAUCCUGGAGCUGCCGGAUAACUCGGAGAAGCAAAAGGACGCUGUGGUGCGGCUCAUUCACCUGCGCCUCAAGCUCCAGGAGCUGAAGGACCCCAGCGAGGACGAGCCCAACAUCCGCAUCAUCCUGGAGCAUCGCUUCUACAAGGAGAAGAGCAAGAGCGUGAAGCAGACGUGUGACAAGUGCAGCACCAUCAUCUGGGGGCUCCUCCAGACCUGGUAUACCUGCACAGGGUGUUCCUAUCGCUGCCACAGCAAGUGCCUGAACUUGAUCACGAAGCCCUGCGUGCGCUCCAAGGUCAGCCACCAGGCGGAAUACGAGCUCAGCAUCUGCCCAGAGACGGGGCUGGACAGCCAGGAUUAUCGCUGCGCCGAAUGCCGAGCUCCCAUCUCUCUCCGGGGAGUCCCCAGUGAGGCCCGGCAAUGUGACUACACAGGUCUCUACUACUGCAGCAACUGCCACUGGAAUGACCAGGCUCUCAUCCCGGCCAGGAUCAUCCACAACUGGGACUUUGAGGCCCGCAAGGUGUCUCGGUGCAGCAUGCGCUAUCUGGCGCUGAUGGUGUCCCGGCCGGUCCUCAAACUGCGUGAGAUCAACCCGCUUCUCUUCAACUAUGUUGAGGAGCUGCUGGAGAUCCGGAAGCUACGCCAGGACAUCCUGCUCAUGAAGCCCUACCUCAUCACCUGCAAGGAGGCCAUGGAGGCCCGGCUGCUGCUCCAGCUGCAGGAUCGGCAGCACUUUGUGGAGAAUGACGAGAUGUAUUCUCUGCAAGACCUGAUGGACGUCAACGCCGGGCGCCUCAGCUGCUCCCUGACAGAGAUCCACACGCUCUUUGCUAAACACAUCAAGUUGGACUGUGAGCGGUGCCAAGCCAAGGGCUUUGUGUGCGAACUCUGCAAGGAAGGGGAUGUGUUGUUCCCUUUUGACAGCCACACCUCGAUGUGCAUGGAAUGCUCUGCUGUCUUCCACAGGGAUUGCUAUUAUGACAACUCCACCUCCUGCCCCAAAUGUGCCCGGCUGAAUCUGAGAAAGCAGUCGCUGCUCAAGGAUACAAGCAUGGAGCUGCAGGUGUAGAGAGACGCUUUCUGCCGUCCCUUCUCUGGAGAGAGGCAGCCCCUAGGAACAUGGAUACACAAGCUGUUGCGCAGGAAGCGCUGAGUCCAAGUGGGCAAGGAGACCAGACUUUGCACAGGAGUGCAGCUGGAGAUGUUUUAUCCAGCGCUGGAAAAUGACACAACUGGAUGUGUGUUGAUUUUCAGUCCCAGACUCUCUUCCAGUGGAGGGGCCGUCAAGACUGUUCUGCAUGCACCAAUCUUUGCAGGAUUUCCCUGCCUGUAAUUGUGAGCUUGAGAGAUCUCUUCCCGAGCAGAUGCUGGCUCUUGGCAGGAGGACAACAUGCCACAUUAGCCCUGGAGAUUACUUCCGGUAUAUGCAGAGCAGUCCAGAAGGAAGGAUAACUUGGCUGUUUUCAGUGCACGGUCCUAUUGGCAUGCUCUGCUAGGGUUCAGCAGCAAGAGCAUCUGAUGGCAUAUAAAGCUCAAAGGGGAUGCCUCCAUGGUUUCCUUCCUGCUGGUGGCAUGUCCUUGUGGACACAGGUGAACUCAGUGGUUUGGAUUAAGGGACCAUCGGAUGCCUAGAAAUCAUCUCCCUCUGAUGUGGGUUCGUUGUGUGCCUGUGCCAGAGGUGGGGAAGGAAGAAAGAUUGCUCCUUUCCUCAUCAUCAUUGCCACUGCGGGUGGAAGCAAAUCCAAGGACUGAGUGGAUUGGUGGAGUUGGAACAGCCCUUGGAAUCCAGGAGAGGAAUAAUUUAUCUUGAGCACUAAAAUCACUUUAAAUAAAGCUGUGUUCAAUCUU